ACCUCUUGUAGGGGUGUUUCCCAUUACCCUCCUUAUCCCUUGCUGUUUGACAGUUGAGACAAACACUCAGUCCUGCAGCCGUUCCCUGCCCUGACAACACACAGGGUCAAUUUGUGCUUUUAUACACCAAAAACGUAACAUCUGAGCAUAAAAAUAUCAUUUGGACAAAAAUCAGUUUUGAGGGGUGAGAAAACGAAAGUGUCUGAAGGACUCAGGUGGCCAGGAAGUUUGACAGACCUGACACAGAAUCUAAAAGGCAACUGCCAUGGGAAAUACUACCAGCAGCGCCUUGUCAAAGGAGAUCCUGGAAGACCUGAAGCUUACCACCAAGUUCAGUCAGACUGAAAUUUGUCAGUGGUAUGAGAACUUUCAGAAGCAGUGCCCCACAGGACGCAUCACGCCAGAAGAGUUUGAGGAGAUCUAUGCCCGCUUCUUCCCUGAGGCCGACGCCAAGAGCUACGCGCGCCACGUGUUUCGCUCCUUCGACACCAACGACGACGGCACUUUGGACUUCAAGGAGUAUAUCAUAGCACUGCACAUGACCUCCAGCGGCAAGACGACCAGGAAACUAGAGUGGGCCUUCUCGCUGUUCGAUGUAGACAAGAACGGAUACAUCAACAAGUCGGAAGUGAAAGAAAUCUGCCAGGCCAUAUUUAAGCUGAUCCCCGAGGAAGAGCAGAAGAGGCUACCAGAGGAUGAGAACACACCCGAGAAGAGAGCCAACAAGCUGUGGGCUUUCUUUGAUAAGAGGGACAAUGAACGACUGGCUGAAGGCGAGUUCAUCAAAGGAGUGAUUGAAAAUGAGAACGCAAUGCGCCUCAUUCAGUAUGAACCUAUGAAACAAUAGUUAUUUCUGCUUAUCUCCCCUCAUUCUUUUUCUUUCCCUCGUUGAGCUCAACCCUCCACUUAAGUCACUCACCUCUGUGUAAAUACUUUCUUCUUGCACUGUCAAGGUUUCACCAAGUUUUCAAUAAGUUUUGAAUUUUGUUUUAAUGUUUGUGAACACAUUAUGUAAACUAGCCGGCAAUUUGUUAAAUAGCAUUCACAGCCAAAAAACUAAUUUUGUUGUAACAACAUAAAAAACAAAGAAAUAAAGAUGCAAAUGUGAUAUUAUAAAAUAUAUUUUUAGGUUUAUUAAAAUGUUGGUCUUAGCUUGUUUUAGUGUUUUGUUUUUUCACUGAUUUUGGAACGAUUUUGUUUGUAGCUCUCAAGUGUUGUGCUUCAUUCAUCGAACAAUAAAUUAAAGGUUUUCUCAUA